GAGCUGCUGAUGAAGAUGAAGGAGCUGCUCCUCUUUCUCUCCUGUGUCCUCUCUGUCUCUGCUGACGUUCUUCAUGAGGACAUUGGCAUCGUUGGCUGUUCAGACUCUGAUGGAGAGGACAUGUAUGGACUGGAUGGUGAAGAGGUUCGCUACGCAGACUUCAAAAAACAGGAGGAUAUCAACUCUCUGCCUCCUUUUGCUGAUCUUAUCACUUGCCCAGGAUGUUAUGAACAAGCUGUGGCUAAUCAACAGGUCUGCAAACAGAACCUGCAGACUCUUCGUAAAAUGAUGAAGGACUACCCUCUAGAACACGAUGCUCCUUCAGCUGUGAUGAUCUACACCAGAGAUGAGGUGGAGUUUGGAGAGAAGAACACUCUGAUCUGUCAUGUGACUGGUUUCUAUCCUGCUCCUGUCAACGUCUCCUGGACCAAGAACGAGCAGAAGGUCACAGAAAGAUCCAGCAUCAAUGUUCCCUAUCCCAACAAAGAUGGGACCUUCACCCAGAUCUCCAGACUGCAGUUCACCCCACAGCAGGGAGACAUCUACAGCUGUACAGUGCAACAUCUGGCCCUGACACAACCAGCAACCAAGAUCUAUGAUGUGCAGGCUUCUGCUCAGUCUGAUCCAGGUUUUGGACCUGCGGCGUUCUGUGGAGUGGGUCUGACUGUGGGUCUGCUCGGUGUGGCUGCUGGAACCUUUUUUCUCAUCAAAGGAAACGAGUGCAGCUGAUUGGCUCACAGUGAUGAUGUCAUCAACAUUAUAUAAUGACCUCAUAAUCAGUGUGACUGUGCAGAGUUCACCUGUAAUGAACAUCUGAUUCCUCUGUCCUGUAUGCUUCCUGUUUAGCUGCUUCACCUGCUUUAAUUUAAUCACCUAUAUGAGCUGUUUUGCCUGCCAUCAUGUGUGUCAAUAAAGUUUAGUUUAGUUUCAUUACCUAUGAAAUCCAACUAUAGCUUCUUUCAGCCACUCUCUCACCACAGCUUCACGUGUUUGAUCCAGCAGAUUUUACCUGGACUCUCUUCCUGCAACAAAAACAUAGAAGAUAAAAGUCAAAUUAAUGUUGCUAAAAUCAGUUUUAUCUGAACUCAGUCUCAGGUGAUCUCAGUGUGUACAGAAACUUCUAUAAUGAGUCCUUGUUUAUAAAACUAUGUUUCAGAUUUUCAUAUAUCAAUAAAAACAUCUGAAUAAUAAACACAAA